CGAGACUCUGCCAUACAAGACAUAAACGUUUGACAAACAUACAAGAUGGGUCAAGCUCCUUCAGGAUUAGGCGGACGACAACCCGGUCAACCCGGUGAUGGCAAAAAGCCUGAACCGAAGAAGUGGGAGCCUCCCGUGCCCACCAGGAUCGGGAAACACAAGAAGAAGAGCAAGGGACCGGAUUCGAGCGUCAAGCUUCCCGCCGUCUAUCCUACGACCCGAUGUAAGCUCAAGAUGCUCAAGCUGGAGAGAAUCAAGGAUUACUUGUUAUUGGAGGAAGAAUUCAUCGCCAACCAGUCGCAACACCUUCAAGGCGCUGGAGCGAGUGAAGAUCGUUCCGCUGAAGAUCGAACCAAGGUCGAUGCUCUUCGUGGAACCCCCAUGGCCAUCGGCACUCUCGAAGAGAUUAUCGAUGACGACCACGCUAUCGUCUCUGGUGCCGGAGGCGGAGAGAGCUAUGUGACCAUCAUGUCCUUUGUCGACAAGGACCUGUUGGAACCCGGGUGUUCGAUCUUGAUGAACCACAAGAGCAACGCCGUUAUCGGUGUCUUGGGGGACGAUGUGGAUCCGGCGGUGAACGUGAUGAAGUUGGACAAGGCGCCGACAGAGAGUUACGCGGAUAUCGGUGGGCUCGAGAGUCAGAUUCAAGAGAUCAAGGAAUCCGUCGAACUCCCAUUGACCCACCCCGAGCUGUACGAAGAGAUGGGUAUCCGACCCCCCAAGGGUGUCAUCCUUUAUGGUGUACCCGGUACAGGCAAGACCCUUUUGGCGAAAGCCGUCGCCAACCAAACCUCCGCUACGUUUUUGAGGAUCGUGGGAUCGGAAUUGAUUCAGAAAUACCUUGGAGACGGGCCUAAAUUGGUCAGGGAGUUGUUCAAGACGGCUCAGGAGAAUGCACCUAGUAUCGUGUUUAUCGACGAAAUUGACGCCAUCGGAACGAAACGAUACGACUCGACGUCCGGAGGUGAACGAGAGAUUCAGCGAACAAUGCUCGAGCUCUUGAACCAGCUGGAUGGAUUCGACGAUCGAGGUGAUGUCAAGGUCAUCAUGGCCACGAACAAGAUCGAGUCGCUCGACCCUGCCUUGAUUCGACCGGGACGAAUAGAUCGAAAAAUCGAGUUCCCCAUGCCUGAUACCAAGACCAAGCGACACAUCUUCAAGUUGCAUACAUCGAGAAUGUCGUUGGCCGAGGACGUUGACUUGGAAGAGUUGAUCAUGACCAAGGACGAUUUGUCGGGAGCCGACAUCAAGGCUGUGUGCACCGAGGCGGGUCUACGAGCUUUGAGGGAGAGGAGGAUGCGCGUCAACAAGGCCGACUUUGCCGCGGCCAAGGAAGCGGUCAUUCACCAGAAGACGGAAAACACGCCCGAGGGGUUGUACUUGUGAUGAAUUAAGCACACGCAGUUUGAUAUCAGUGUAGCGACCAGAACCAGAUGCGCCGUGUCAGCAUCCGAUAUUAUGACGAAUGAUUCUACAAAGUCUACGGUUACACUAGUUUGAGUGGUGUGAUCAGUGCAACGACUCCUCACCGUCUUCUACUUGGGGUUUCUCUCUUAUGG